UUCAUAAUAUUAAAUAUAUUGCAAAAGGUGGGUUUGGAAAAGUAUAUAGUGCGAAUUGGUUUGUUGGAUGUAUAGGCAAAUGGGAUAAUGAAAUUCAAAAUUGGAAAAGAGAAGAUCAUAAUAAAUUUGUGGCUUUAAAAAGUUUAAAUAAUUCAAAAAAUGUUACAUUAAAAUUUAUAAGAGAGGUUAUGCUGCAUAAUAAAGUGAAAGAUAACUUUUAUAUUAUAAAGCUGUAUGGUAUAACUCAAGAUCCAGAAACAAAAGACUAUAUAAUGGUUAUGGAUUAUGCAAAAGAUGGAAGCUUACGAAAUUAUUUGGAUACAGCUUUUAAUAAAUUAAAUUGGGAUAGUAAGAUUAAAUAUUUGUGUUGUAUUGCAUCUGGACUUGAGAAUAUUCAUAAUAAUAAAUUAAUUCAUCGAGAUUUACAUAUUGGGAAUAUUCUUAAAAAUUAUGAAGUUAUUCAUAUAACUGAUAUGGGAUUAUGUAAGCCUGCAGAUUAUGAUGCAUCAGAAAAUACAACAAACAAUAUAUAUGGUGUUCUAUCUUAUAUAGCUCCUGAAAUUUUAAGAGGACAAAAAUAUACUAAAGCUGCUGAUAUUUAUAGUUUUGGUAUAAUUAUGUAUGAAGUAAUUUCUGGACUACCCCCAUAUCAUGAUAUAAGCCAUGAUAGAAUUUUAUCAAUAAAAAUAUGCCAAGGACUUAGGCCAAUGUUUAAUAUUAAAGUACCUCAGUUAAUUGUGCAUUUGAUUAAAAGAUGCUUAGAUGCAAUACCAUUAAAUAGACCAAAAGCAAAAGAGAUUAGGGAUGAAUUAUGGAAAUGGAGAUUAGGAAAUUCAACUGAAAUACAAAAACAAAUUAAAGAAGCAGAUGAAAUAAACAAAAAUUUAUCAAAUAGUAUACCUUCAACUAGUCUAUCAUAUAAAACUCAUUCAGAAGCUAUUUAUACAAGUAGAUUACUCGAUUUUAAUAAUCUUCCUGAAUCAAAAAAUUCUGUUGAUUAUUAUGAACAAAAUGAUAAUAUAAUAAGCAAGGAAUUUUCAGAAUCUUUACAAAUCAAUAUUUCUCAAUUGAAUAUUAAUGAGAAUGAAUCUUGUCAAAUUAAUAUUUCUCAUUUGAAUAUUAAUGAGAAUGAAUCUUCACAAAUUUCUACUAUUUCUCAAUUGAAUGUUAAUGAAGAUAGUCAAAAUAGCGAAUCGGGAAGUAAAAGAAAAAAUCAUUCCUUAAGUCAAAAUAACGAAUCUGAGAGUGAAAGAAAAAAAAUUAGAAUAGAAUAAAUGUAUAAUUGUAUAUCUUUAUUCAGAUUAUUGCUGCUAUACCAAAUUUAAUUAUAGAUCAUUCUUUUUUUCAAAGAAAAAAUUUGUCGUUAUAAUUUAAAAUUCUGCUUAACAUUGACUUCUUAAAAUCUAGGUGGAUGGAUCUAAAUUUGAAUAAUUUUUAUUUAUUUAUUUAUUUAUUUUUUUUUGCUUUCUAUAAUUUCUAUAAUUAUUUGAAUCGCAAUUUUUUUUUUUUACUACAUAAUGAAAAGUGGAUAUGAAUUAUGUUAAGCAGAAUUUUAAGUCAUAAUGAUCAUAUUUAACUAAUGCGUGUUUUUUUUCUCUUUUGUUCGAUCUUUUUUUUUAAAUAAAAUCAAUAUAUAAUAUUAGAAGUAUACUUUUCAUCUCAACUUCAAUACCAUUUAACAUAUACAAUUUAUAGCGAGUAUUUUCGCAUUAAA